AUGGGAAAAGUUAAGAAUAUUAUGAAGUACUUAAAUACAUCAGCAAAAUUUAGAUUUGAAUUGUCUGUUGAUUAUAUUAAUUUAAAAUCCUAUGAAAAUAUGUAUGUAACAUUUGAAUUGGUAAAAGGAUCAGCUAUAAUUAAAUCAGAUGAAAAAAUAUUACUGAAGAAUAAAAGAGCAUACUUUAAAAGGUCAGUUGAAAUAAAACUCACUUUAUAUCUUAAAAAACAUAACAAAUCAUAUGAAAAUAAUUUUUUUUUUCUCAUUUUUUAUAUAAUUAAUAACGAUGAAAAAUAUAUCUUAGGAAAAUGCAAAAUUAAUUUUAGUGAAUUUAUCAAUAUAAAUCAAUUCUAUUAUAUAAAACUUCCUAUAAAAAAUAAUUUAUUAAAUAAAGGAUUUGUUAAUUUAAAAAUAAAAUGUUACAAUUUAGAAGAAGAAGAAGAAAAAAACAAAUCAGAAAUAAAUAACUAUGUCUCAAAUUCUAGUACCGCUAAUUAUAUUUUAAGAAAAAACAAAAAUAUACUCGAAGGAAGUGUUAAUGAAAAUAACUAUAAACAUAUAGACGAUAACAAUAAUAAUAAUCCAUAUACUCUUCAUUCGAAUGAAAAUUAUAUUCCUUGUAAGGAAAAUAACAAUAUGAAUCAUUUAAAUGAAAUAAAUAUUUAUAAUAUAAAGAAAAAAGAUAAUAGCAAUGUUGCUAAUUUAAAUCAAAUAAAAUGGAAUCAUACAACUUUAAAUAAUUGCAAGACAAAUAAAAAUGGUAUAAGUAAUAAUGAAACACAGGAAAAUAGUAAAAUUUCAAAUAAUAGUGAAUGUAAUUCUCCACAUAAUUAUAAUGAUGUGUCUAUUAUUCCUUUAAAGAAAUGUAUAAAUGAUUCAUUUAAAAAACUUAAAGAAAUGAAUAAAUUAAGUUCUAAAACAAUAUUUGAUAUUAACAAAAGAGAAAUUAAAGAAGAUUUAAUUAAUAAAAAUUAUGAUGAUGAACACCUCAAUUAUAAAGUUACAAAUGAAGAACUUAAUCAAAAUUUAAAAAAUUACGGAGUAAGUAAAAAGGAAAACAAUAACACAGAAAAAAAAAAAGCAGAAAUACAAUUUUCGAGUGAUCAUGAUUGCCAUUCAGAAAUACAAAGUAAUAAGUGUAAUAGAAUUAACAAAGAAGAAACAGAAUCAGAUUCCAAUUUAAAGGUGCAUGCUAUGAUUGGAAACAUGGAAAAAGCAAUAAGAAAUUCUCAAAUUAUUGAAAAUAUGAAUUAUUUCUAUUUAAAAGAAGAAAUGAAUGAUAAUGGAGAAAAAUGUUACAAUAAGCCAAAUAGGGCAAAUGAUGAUGAACUAGAUAAACAAAAUUUUUAUAAUUUAGAAGAUCUAAGUGAAAGUAAGAUAGACUUUCAAAUUGAUCGAGAACUAAGCGAAAUAAGUGAUGAUACAAAAUUAAAUAAUCAUAAUAUAAAUAAAAAGAAUUCUUUAGUAGAAGAAUCCAAUGAAUCCAUUAAAACUUUUAUAGGAGUAAAGAAGAAUCUUGAAUUACUCUCAGAUAAAAGAAAUGAAGAAAUUAAAAUAUUAUUAAAUGAAAUUUCCCAAUUAGAAAAAAAUUCUCAACUAAAAGAAGAAGAUAUGAAAAAAUUGAUUUUUAAAAUUUUAAAAAACUAUGUAAAGUUUUCUAAGAAAAAAUGCGAAGAAUUCGAAUUUUUCAUUAAAAAUUUAAAACAAUUACUAUUUAUAUUAAAUGCGGAAGAAUUUUCCAGUGAUAUAGUUGAUAAAAAAAGGGUAACAAAUAGGCAUAAUGGUAUACAUAGUUUUGAAAAAUUUACUAAAAAAGAUAUAAAAAUAAAUCAUGAUAUUAUAUUUAAUGAAAAAUGCGAAAUUUUACAUGAUAAUGAAAGCAUACCUAAUGAAAAUAUAAUUUUAAGAAAUUUUAAGAAAAUAGAUAAUUACUGUAAUAUAGUAUUAGAUAAAAAUAUAAAUAUUUUUUCAUUAUGUACCCAUUUUGAAACUAUUAGUGAAUAUAUAAAUUCUUUGUUUAUUUUAAAAAAAAAAGAAGUGAUUUAUGUAAUGCAAAUUUUAAUUAAUAUAUUUAACGGGUUAAUUGAAAAACAGAAAAUACCAGAAGAUUUAAAAAAAAAAAAAUAUAAUUGUUUAGUAAAUAUAGAAGAUGAAAAUAUAAAAUAUUUAAGUGAUGAAUGGAAUGAAAAGUUUAUAAAUGAGGAGGAAACAACAAAAGAAAAUAUAUCUAAAUUAGAAAAAGAAAAAAUCAAUAUAUUAGAAGAAAAUAAAGAGUUUAAUAAUAAUUAUAACAUUUUAGAAAGCAUUCCAUUUUACUCAAAAAUAGGUGGUUCAUAUGAAAAAAGUAUAGCUAACGAUUCCACAAUAAAAAAAUUAACUGAUGAUGUGAAUAAUGUACAACAAAUUAUUGAAGAACUAAAAAAUUCUUUUGAAGAAAAUAAAAAGUAUGUAAGUAUAAAAAUUAAUAAUGAUGAUUUAAUAAAAAAGAUAAUAAAUCAAUAUAACAUAGAAAAUGGAAAAAUAGAAGUAGAUGGAUAUCCUUAUGUUACCUUAGAAAGCAUUAUAAAUCAAAAUAUAUUACUAAAUGUAGAAAAAAAAAAAAUAGCCAAUAUGAAAAAAUUUUCAAAUCUUAAUAUAGAAAAAACAAAAACGAAAAAAUAUCAUAAAAAAAUAAAGGAGCUAGAACGUGAAUUAAUGAACACCAAAUUGUUAUUUGCACAAAGCGAAACAAAAAGGGAACAAGAAAUUAAUGAAUUAAAAAAAAAAUACGUGUAUUAA